UACGCGGAACAUAUUUGCCAAUACAUAGUGUCCGUAUACCCUUUAUAUGGUUUAGCUCAGAGAAAUUGUAUUCAUUAUAUUAUCAUUUCUUAAUUUCGCAAUAUUAUCAUUCUAGUACACCAGAAUUUUUUUAAAAUGGGCGACGUAAAUUCAUCAAGAAGGUUUUUAAGGUUAUUCAUAUGGAUAUGUAUUGUAAUCUCAUUUGUUCAAACGGUCACCAUGGCAGAGACAAUGUGCGUACAGACACCGUGCAAAUGGGGAUACUGUUGCGACGAAAGUGGGAACACAACAGUUUCAGAACUGCCCUGUUGUUGUAAUUCAACGGCCGUUGGUCUUUCAACGCAAUGCAUAAGCCAUUCAACGAGCGGAAUGUUGGGGAUUGGGUUGUUCUCAUUGCCGAUCUGGUUGUCGUCGCUUACCAUGCUGACUUCAGCCUAGGCGAGAGGCUUCUACGGUCCGAUGAAGUAAAGGAAGAGGACAUAGGUUGGCUUACAUUUCCAACUGUUCGUGUACUUGUGUAUAUGUACUUGAAAAACUGUUUUAACUUAAGUAAAUAAAUACUUUGAAUAUUU